AUGAUUUUUUCCAGAUGGCUUCCUGCCUUAUUAGGUGGUGCUUUAGCCGCCCAGCGUGCUCUCGCUAUUACCCUCAACGUGGAGGAUGAAAGCUCCCUCAAAACCGCCGCCAAGACCGUCGCCAUUGACAUGAUCAACUUCUACAACGACCGCGAUUCGAAAGCUAUACCCGGCAAGCUCGAUGGCACUUGGUGGGAGGGUGGAUCCAUGUUCAUGAUACUCAUUCAGUAUUGGUUUUUGACCGGGGAUAGCCAGUUCAACAGUCUUGUUCAGGAAGGCAUGUACUGGCAGAAGGGCGACGACAAUUUCUUCCCUGCCAAUUACAGUCAAUAUCUAGGCAACGAUGACCAAGUCUUCUGGGGUCUGGCGGCUAUGACUGCUGCGGAAUUGAAUUAUCCAGAGCGCAGUGGUGAGCCCUCAUGGGUAGCGUUAGCCCAGGGCGUAUUCAACACCCAGGUGCCCAGGUGGGAUACCAGUAGCUGUCACGGUGGCAUGCGCUGGCAGAUCUGGCCUUACCAGCCCGGAUACACCACCAAAAACGCCAUCUCCAAUGGUGGACUCUUUCAGCUGGCCGCGCGCUUGGCUCUGUACACUGACAAUUCGACAUAUGCCACCUGGGCCGAGCGUAUCUGGGAUUGGAGUGCGGGCACCCCAUUGCUUAGGAAGAAUUGGGUCAUUGCGGACACUACGAGCUGUGAAUCCCAAUGUACGGAUCAUGGUGAUUAUCAGUGGUCGUAUAACUACGCAACGUACAUCAGCGGUGCCGCUUACAUGUACAACUACACGCAAGGAGUUCAGAAGUGGUCAGAAGGCAUCCAUGGCCUGUUAAACACAUCUGAUCAAUUUUACCCAACAAGCAAAACCUUUGACAAUGCUGAUGGCAACAUUCUCAGCGAAAUAACUUGUGAGCCAAUUGAAAAGUGCGACCGGAACCAGAUCACAUUCAGGGCGUACUUCUCUUCCUGGCUUGCAUUUAUGACCCUGAUCGUCCCCGGAACCUCUGACCUGGUGAUGCCGAAGUUCAAGACUUCAGCCGCCGCCGCCGCUCUAUCUUGUACUGGUCUCAGUGAUGGCUCACAUUGCGGAACCAAAUGGUAUACGCAGAGCUGGGACGGUACUUCUGGACUUGAACAGCAGAUGGCUGUGCUGGGUGUCCUCAAUGCGAACCUCGUCCCCUUCAAAAACAAAGCGCCCUACACAUCCGAAACCGGUGGAACUUCCGUGAGUAAUCCUAGCGCCGGUACGAACAGCUCCGACAAUGAUGUUCCUGUAUUAAACACGGUUCAUACUGGAGAUCGAGCCGGUGCUGGAGUCUUGACAGUUGUCUUUGUCACUGGUUGGGUCGUGGCUAUCACUUGGAUGGUCCGAGGCGGUUAA